AUGUUUUCAGAAAAUUUAUUCGCAGUCAUAUGCUUGGUGACGUGCUUAUUCGUAACAGAAGCUUCGUAUAAACCUGCAGCUGAGUUAAAACGACUGUUUAAAAUAGAGAGAAACAAGAAGUUCAUACCCGACAACAUGAUAGGCCUACCCGAUUACGGUCAUUUGAAAUCUAUUGAAGCACAAUCUGCAACAGAAUGCAACAUCGAAUGUUUGAAAACACCAAAAUGUGGACAAACAAAUGCCGAGAAGCUAGACGCUAAGAUAUGGAAUUGUGAUUUAUUUGGGUGGGGCACAGGGCAAACAGAAAGUAGCCUGGAUCACCACCAUUAUACGAUGAUUGUUAAUUUUUGUGAAGAUGGUUUCAUCCACGAAUACGAUAGCUCAACAUAUUGUUUUAACCUUGAAAGUCUGGUUUGGGAAGAAGCAGAAGUGAAAUGUCUGGAGCAUGGUGCAACCCUGGUUGCCAUAGAGACUGAUGACGAACAGACAGCCUUGGCCAACUACAUGUCGAAUAAUACUGACCUUAAAAAUCAAGGGUUUCACAUUGGUCUUAAUGAUAGAAAUACAUUAGAGGAAUAUGUCUGGACCGGAUCACUGGCAUUGGCUACAUACUUUAAUUGGGGUGGAGUAGAACCAAACGACAUUAACGGGCCCGGAUCGGAACGAUGUGCUUUUAUGAACUAUUUGGGAAAUUACACUUGGUGGGAUAUAACUUGCUCUGACCACAAACCAGCUGGUUAUAUUUGUGAACGCUAAAUAACCAUAAUAACUGUUCCACAAGUAGAACUGUUUUCUUGAUUCUAAACUGUAAAGACUUGAGGGCACGCUCGUCCGGAGAGCUCUAGUGUAACG